AUGUCGCUGAGUUCGGACGGUUGGACUCAAACCCCCGGCCUCCCGCCGGACCAGUCCUCCGCCGUCCUGCCCAGCAGCCUCAGUAAUAACGACGAGGCCUCGCCGACCCAGAGCGGCUGCCAAACCGUCCUCAUGUCGGUUCAGGUGUCGGUGUGCCACUCCGGGAUUCGGCCGCUGUGUCUUCCGGGAGCGGGUGCUGAGUCACUCCGCCUGCAGCUCGGCAUGGACCCGGGGAAGUCCGGGGAAUUCCGCCUGUCCCUGCUGGACACCAGCGGUUCGGUUCGGAGCGUGGCCAUCGCCGAGUUUGACCUGAGGUCGGUAAACUACGAGUUGAAGUCACCAAAGUGUCACGAGCUAGUGUUGGUUGCACCGCCGCACGAUCGCAUCGGCUUCAACUUCCGUUGUGAGCGGGAGGCCCAGGAGUGGGCCACUGUGGUCGUAUCGGCUCUGAAAGAAGCACACAGAGUUGCACCUGAAGAAAAUGGUUCCCAGCACCUCCCUGAUGGUCUCCAGUUUCAGAAGACUUCGGCUUUACAAAAAACAGAGGAUGCCUGCAUAGAGCUGAGCAGAGCCAUCGAGGCGGGGGACGUUCAGUCUUCUUCUGUCUUUGCUACUGCACUCGCUCGACAACGCGCCGCGCUGAAGAUCCAGCCCUCUGCCAAAGACUACGAGGACACUGAAAUCAGUUUGGCUGUUGUAGUGGAGGAUUCCUCCUCAUCUUGUUGUGUCACUGUGAAAGUUUUCCCACUCAUGACAACCGCAUCGUUAAAACAGCAGAUGUUCCUCGAGUAUGGCUUUCACCCUCGAGUGCAGAGCUGGAUCAUCGGGCAGUGCUUGUGCUCCGACCAGCGAACCCUCGCCUCGUACGGCGUUCAUCAGGACGGCGACACGGCCUUUUUGUAUCUCCUGUCUGCCCGGCACGCUCGCCUGACUGUUCAGGACCUGCAGCAGGACCAAGAGAGCGCCCUCCUCCUCAGUCCUACUUUGUCUUUUCAAACCCCCCCGCUCGCUGCAAAAUCCACCAACGGGCCUUCGUCCCAGGACCGGAGGCCGUACACCACCCUACCUCCAAGACUCCACAGCAACUUCAAGAACGUUGGGUCAGAGAAACCGAACAUCUGUGAGCUCAGAGACCUCAUCAGCCUGAAAAUGCCUCAACUCAACGAAGCGCUGAGUCCCAGCACAUCGUCCUCUCAGGGUUGGUCUUGUCCUUCUUGCACAUACAUCAACAAGCCGACCCGGCCGGGCUGUGAGAUCUGCAGCACCAACCGUCCCGAGAGCUACGUGGUCCCGGGCGGGUACCAACCUGAUGCACUGGAGCUCCAACGGAUCCAGCAGGAGAAGGAGGCCAUUAGGCAGUACCAGCAGGCAAAGGAGAAGGAGAGAAUGGAGAAUUUUGCCCGUCUUAAAAGACUGGACGGUCAGGACCUGGUGCCCAACCCUGAGCCUGUGGAUUGUAGGAUUUGCUACAUGGAGCUACCACCAGGAGAGGGAGUCCUGCUGAGGGAGUGUCUGCACUGUUUCUGCAGAGAGUGUUUACGCUCCGUCAUCAUGCUGAGCGAGGAGCCCGAGGUGUCCUGUCCAUACAGAGAUGACACCUACUCCUGCGCCGGUGCUUUGCAGGAGAGGGAAAUUCGAGCUCUGUUGCCAGCUGAGGAGUAUGAGCGGUGGCUGCAGAGGGGCCUGUCGGUGGCAGAGUCUCGGUGCGAGGGCAGCUAUCAUUGUGCAACUCCCGACUGUGUGGGAUGGUGUGUGUACGAGGAUACUGUCAAUGUCUUCCACUGCCCUGUCUGUAGGAAGCACAACUGUCUCAUUUGCAAGGCGAUUCACGAAGGAAUGAACUGCAAACAGUAUCAGGAUGAUCUUGCAGCACGUGCUAUAAAUGACUCCGCCGCCAGGAGGACGACACAUCUACUGAAGACCCUUGUCCAGUCAGGAGAGGCCAUGCACUGUCCUCAGUGUGGCAUCAUUGUGCAGAAGAGGGAUGGAUGUGACUGGCUGCGCUGCACUGUCUGUCACACCGAGAUCUGCUGGGUAACCAGAGGGCCUCGCUGGGGGCCCAAGGGUCCUGGAGACACCAGUGGAGGAUGUCGAUGCAACGUCAACAAUCAGAAAUGUCAUCCUAAAUGCCAAAACUGUCACUGA